AUGAUCCGAUCUGAAAAAUUUAAAAAAAAAAAAAAAAAAAAAAAAAAAACGCUCCAAGCUGUACCAGUGAAAUAUAAUGCUCAAACUAAUACUGGAAGUAGUACUGGAACUACAGCUAAGUGUACAUUAUAUUGGCAGGUCUGGCAGGUCUGGCAAGUUUCGGUAUCGUAUGGUAGCAGUAUCGGAGCAGAUAUGAGCUGGUUGUAUUUUGAGAGUGUUCCACGGUGGGUGUGGUGGCUGCUAGCGGUGUAUGUGGCUACACCCUUUGUAGUGUAUGUGGUGCAACCUUAUUUGUUUUAUGCGGGCAAAAGCACGAAGAAGCGGAUUAUGAUUCUUGUGCUUGGGGAUUUGGGCCAUUCGCCACGUAUCCUGUACCAUGCGCGGAGUUUCAGCGAGGCUGGGUUCCAAGUGGAGCUGUGUGGGUACGUUGAUUCAGAUAUUCCGAAGGACAUUUUGGCGGAGGAUGCGAUCGAGUUGCAUGCUUUGAAGAAGUGCAGCACGUUCAGGGGCGGGCUAAUUGGGAAGGCGCUUGUGCAGGGGGUGCAGUUGUGUCUGAUGUUUUGGGAGAUGCGCGGUGUGGACUAUAUUUUGCUGCAGAAUCCGCCCACUAUUCCUGUUUUGCCCAUCGCUGUUGUUGUGAAGACGUUCACGAGAGCGAAGUUGAUCAUCGACUGGCACAAUUUGGGGUACUCAAUCUUGCAGAUGAAGUUCAAUGGGAACUUCUGGCAUCCGUUGUACGUUGUGGCGUACGUGAUCGAGCGGGUGUUCAGCAGGUUUGCCAAUUACCAUCUCACGGUUACUGCGGCGAUGCGCACGUAUUUGAUUAGCAAGUUCGGGAUAAAUGCUUCCAAGAUUGCUGUGUUGUACGAUAGGCCUGGGUCGCAGUUCAGGCCGCUUAAAGAUGGCGAUGGUGUCGAGGCCCGUGCAGAACUGCUCAGGGAGCCCUUCAUUGAGAAGCUCGUUCCUCCUGAGUUCGACCCGGCUAAGGACAAGAUAUUCGUCACGUCAACGUCUUUCACGCCAGAUGAAGACAUAUCGGUGCUCAUUGGCGCACUAAAGAUUUACGAGAACUCGUACCGCAAGUUCGAUCACACUUUGCCCCGUAUUUUGUGCUUUAUCACAGGUAAGGGCCCCAUGAAGGACAAAAUCGUCAAGCAAGUGGAAGACUACAAGUGGGACCGCGUCCACAUCGAGUUUGUGUGGUUGAGCUCAGAAGAUUAUCCGAAAUUGCUACGUUUAUGUGACUACGGAGUGUCGCUACAUACUUCUAGCUCUGGACUCGACUUGCCCAUGAAAAUCCUCGAUAUGUUCGGUUCGGGACUCCCAGUUAUCUGUAUGAACUACCCGGUGCUCGACGAAUUGGUCCAACAAAACGUCAACGGGUUGAAGUUUGCUGAUAGAAGAGAACUACAUGAAGCCCUCAUUUUCGCAGUCAAAGACGAAAAAGUUCAGAAGCAAAUUAAAGAAGGUGCGCUCCAAGAAAGCAAGAGUAGGUGGGAACAGAGUUGGGAAUCCGCCCUCAGCCAACUAAAAAUCAUUCACAAGUGA